GGAGAGGCGCGCGGGAGCCAGAGCGCUCCUGCCGCUCGAGCGAGGGCGCUGAGCUCCUGAUCUGGCCAUGGCCGAACUUCUCCGCUGCAGGAGCAACCGCUCCCGUGCUUCUCACCCCUCUCCCUGAGCUCUCUCUCCCUUUGACCUCUGGAAAACGCCGACUUCUUUCUGAGCUGUGGCAAGGGGCGCGGAGAGGCAAGCAAGGAUGCGCUGAGGACCGUCAGCGCGCGCGUCUCAAGUGCCGCGGUGGGUGCAGGCUUGGGAGCUGAGCUGCCUCGACUUCCCCACUGCGCUCCCGCCACCCGCCGCCGCAGUUGAUGUGCAGGGAGAAGCCGGACAUCAUGAUCCUAACACGUAAGCUAGACUUGUGCCUUGCCGUCGGGCCAGCUGCGGGAGCCAGCUGCGGAGGGGACUCGCCGCGGAGGAAAUGUCACCCCGCCUUGUCAAGUCGAUGCCUGUCGUUCUGUGCUUUUAAACGGCUUUCCGAGGAGGCUCGGGACCGAGUCGCCCAACUUUCUCGGAGUGGAGGAGAAAUUGAAGCCAAGGAAGCUUGUGAUUGGCUGCGGGCAACGGGUUUCCCCCAGUACGCACAGCUUUAUGAAGAUCUUCUGUUCCCCAUUGAUAUUUCCUUGGUCAAGAGAGAGCAUGAUUUCUUGGACAGAGACGCCAUUGAGGCUUUAUGCAGGCGUCUAAAUACUUUAAACAAAUGUGCAGUGAUGAAGCUGGAAAUUAGUCCUCAUCGGAAGAGAAGUGAGGAUUCCGACGAGGACGAGCCCUGUGCAAUCAGUGGCAAAUGGACUUUCCAGAGGGACAGCAAGAGGUGGUCCCGGCUGGAAGAGUUCGACGUCUUUUCUUCAAAGCAGGACGCAGUGCCCGGGGCCCCCGGCGAUGCCCACCUGAAGAACGCGGCGAGCCACGAAAGCAUGCUGACGGACCUCAGCGAGCGCCAGGAGGUGGCCUCCGUCCGCAGCCUCAGCAGCACCGGCAGCCUCCCGGUGCACGCGCCCCACGCUGGGGACGUGGCGACACCCCGCACGAACUCGGUCAUCAGCGUGUGCUCCUCUGGCAACUUCGUGGGCAACGACGACUCUUUCUGCAGCCUGCCCUCCCCCAAGGAGCUGUCCGGCUUCAGCUUCGGCACGAAAGGCCCCGAGAAGAACGCCAAGUCCAAGACGCGCAGCCUGCUGAAACGCAUGGAGAGCCUGAAGCUCAAGGGCUCGCACCACGGCAAGCACAAGGCACCUUCCAAGCUGGGGCUCAUCAUCAGCGGGCCCAUUCUGCAGGAGGGGAUGGACGAGGAGAAGCUGAAGCAGCUGAACUGCGUGGAGAUCUCCUCGCUCAACGGCAACCGCAUCAACGUGCCCGCGGUGCGCAAGCGGAGCGUUUCCAACUCCACGCAGACCAGCAGCAGCAGCAGUCAGUCGGAGACCAGCAGCGCCGUGAGCACGCCCAGCCCGGUCACCAGGACCCGCAGCCUCAGCGCCUGCAACAAGCGCGUGGGCAUGUACUUGGAGGGCUUUGACCCGUUCAACCAGUCCACGUUUCCCAACGUCCUGGAACAGAACUUCAGGAACCGCGAGACCUACCCGGAGGACACGGUGUUCUACAUCCCGGAAGAUCACAAGCCCGGCACCUUCCCCAAGGCACUCUCCAACGGCAGUUUCUCUCCCUCAGGGAAGAACAGCUCUGUGAACUGGAGGACUGGAAGCUUCCACGGCCCCGGCCACAUCAGCCUGCGGAGGGACACCGGCAGCGACAGCCCCAAGGAGCUUAAGCGGCGCAACUCGUCCAGCUCUGUGAGCAGCCGCCUGAGUAUCUAUGACAACGUGCCGGGCUCCAUCCUCUACUCCAGUUCCGGUGACCUGGCCGACCUGGAGAAUGAGGACAUCUUCCCUGAGCUGGACGACAUCCUCUACCACGUGAAGGGGAUGCAGAGGAUAGUCAACCAGUGGUCAGAGAAGUUUUCAGAUGAGGGAGACUCGGACUCAGCCCUGGACUCCGUCUCUCCAUGCCCGUCAUCUCCCAAACAGAUACACCUGGAUGUGGACAAUGACCGAGCCACGCCCAGUGACCUGGACAGUACCGGCAACUCCCUGAAUGAGCCGGAAGAGCCCUCCGACAUCCCGGAAAGGAGGGAUUCUGGGGUCGGGGCCUCUCUGACAAGGUCCAAUAGGCACAGGCUGCGAUGGCACAGUUUCCAGAGCUCCCAUCGGCCGAGCUUGAACUCUGUAUCCCUGCAGAUUAACUGCCAGUCUGUGGCCCAGAUGAACCUGCUGCAGAAGUACGCGCUCCUGAAGCUGACCGCCCUGCUGGAGAAACACACACCUUCCAAUAAGCACGGAUUUAGCUGGGCUGUGCCCAAGUUCAUGAAAAGGAUCAAGGUUCCAGACUAUAAGGACCGGAAUGUGUUUGGGGUCCCUCUGACCGUCAAUGUGCAGCGCACAGGACAGCCCCUACCCCAGAGCAUUCAGCAGGCCAUGCGCUACCUCCGCAACCAUUGUUUGGAUCAGGUUGGGCUCUUCAGAAAAUCGGGCGUCAAGUCCCGGAUUCAGGCUCUGCGCCAGAUGAAUGAGAGUGCCAUAGAUUGUGUCAACUAUGAGGGACAGUCUGCUUAUGACGUGGCAGACAUGUUGAAGCAGUAUUUCCGAGACCUUCCUGAGCCACUAAUGACCAAUAAACUCUCAGAAACCUUUCUACAGAUCUAUCAGUGUGUGCCCAAGGACCAGCGCCUCCAGGCCAUCAAGGCCGCCAUUAUGCUCCUGCCUGAUGAGAACCGGGAGGUGCUACAGACGCUCCUUUAUUUCUUGAGCGAUGUCACAGCCGCCGUAAAAGAAAACCAGAUGACUCCCACCAACCUGGCCGUGUGCCUAGCGCCUUCCCUCUUCCACCUCAACACCCUGAAGAGAGAGAAUUCUUCUCCAAGGGUGAUGCAAAGAAAACAAAGUUUGGGUAAACCGGACCAGAAAGACCUGAAUGAAAACCUUGCCGCCACGCAGGGGCUGGCCCACAUGAUUGCGGAGUGCAAGAAGCUCUUCCAGGUUCCUGAGGAAAUGAGUCGAUGUCGGAAUUCCUACACAGAACAGGAGCUGAAGCCCCUCACGCUGGAAGCAUUGGGACGCCUGCGAAACGACGAGGCAGCCGACUACCAGCACUUCCUCCAGGACUGUGUGGAUAGCCUGUUUAAAGAGGUCAAGGAGAAGUUUAAAGGCUGGGUCAGCUACUCUACGUCUGAGCAGGCUGAACUGUCCUAUAAGAAGGUGAGCGAAGGACCCCCUCUACGGCUCUGGAGGUCAACCAUCGAAAUCCCUGCUAUGCCUGAGGAAAUCUUAAAGCGCCUACUUAAAGAGCAGCACCUCUGGGAUGUAGACCUUUUGGAUUCCAAAGUGAUUGAAAUCCUAGACAGCCAAACCGAAAUUUACCAGUAUGUCCAAAACAGUAUGGCGCCCCACCCUGCCCGAGACUACGUCGUUUUGAGAACAUGGAGGACUAAUUUACCAAAGGGGGCAUGUGCCCUUUUACUCACCUCUGUGGAUCACGACCGGGCACCAGUGGUGGGGGUGAGAGUCAAUGUGCUCUUGUCCAGGUAUCUCAUUGAACCCUGCGGGUCAGGGAAGUCCAAACUCACCUACAUGUGCAGAGCUGACCUAAGGGGCCACAUGCCAGAGUGGUACACCAAAUCUUUUGGACAUUUGUGUGCAGCUGAAGUUGUGAAGAUCCGAGACUCUUUCAAUAAUCAGAAUACUGAAACCAAAGACCCCAAAUCUAGGUGAUUACUGAAGCCAAGCGACUGCGUCCACUGUCUGGAUGUUUGUUUCUAGAAUUCUUGCCAGUCCUUGGAAGAAUGCGUUCUGAGUCUAACCUGAAACAAAGGAAACGACAAGUUGGAGUAUGGGACCUGACUAUAGCGAUUUAAGACAUUUCAAAGCUGCUUCCUGUUUGUUUAAGGUCUAGACUAUAGACCUUGACUGGAAUAUAGAAGACUGUGCAAAAGAAAAAAAAGUAUUCUUAUUCAAAUUGCUUCUGAGAAGCAAAACUAUACAUACGUUAUGGAAAAUGAUGAAGAUACUUCAUUCUCUUGCGAUCCUGGCACAUGUGUACCUAUGUCAUUUUAUUUGCAGCGUGUCGAGGGACUGGUGUAUCCACUGGAAUAGUUGGUACUCUGACGUGUUUCUCACUGAGAUGAGCAAAGAAAGGUUUGCACAGAGUGUGUGGAUGUGUGUGUGUUGCUGGUUGAAUGGCACGGAUGUGUGCGGUAGAACACAGUGUCUGGCACACUGAGGCGCCUCCAGGGGGGAUAGUGAUGCAUCAGGUUCAGUUUAACCUGGAGUGUCUGAUGACUGCCCGUGGAUCCAUCCAGGAAGGGAACCCAACACCUUUGCCCACUUACUGUUUUUUCCAGUUAUUAAGCACAUUCCUUUGUUGUUGUUUUUUUAAACUAACAUCCUCUUUCCCUAAAGUAAUUGUAGUAGAUGGAUUCUGGUGUCCCAUCUCAAACACAGUAUGCCUUUAGAUCUGAUUGCAUGGGGAUAUAGUUUUUAUCCAGUAUAGAUCAGUUCAGGGAAGAAACUCCACCGCCCCUCCCACCCCACCCCUUACUAGCUCCAAAGCAGUUUUAUUUUGGGUUUUUGUGUUUGUUUUUUAAGUCAAGAUGUAACAACCAAACACUCUAACAUCUGCUCCUCAGUGGAGCCCCAGAACUUUUACCUGCUGGAAUUCUUUGCAUUUUCCUGUUUAUAACUGAAACUCUUGAAGACACCCUGAAAACAUAGGAGACUGUAUCUGUCCCAAGGAAAUCCCUGUAAAUUUAAACCAAGGUAUUAAAAUUUAACAGCAGGCGUGGAUUGUUGUUAUUCACAGCGUUUCUGAAAGCUGCACAUACUUAGUAAUUGGAUUUGUCCUUUUAAGCAAAUAGGCUUUCUGGUUUUAUGACUUUUUCCCUUGGCUUUGUUUUCCUUACAUUUCUUUUUUUUUUUCUCCUUUAUAUCGAUGCCCCUGGAAUGUAUGUUAGUGGUAAAAGAAAAGAACUAUGAUUGGAACAAAACUCAAAGAAGCGCCAGCACAGGUUUUGGAAGGGUGGUCUUUAUACAGGUUUUACUGUAACCAUAAAGAUUGACUCCUGAGACAGUAUUAGUGACUUUAUUUUGUAUGGAUCAAUAGUGAAUAAUGUAUGAAUGAGAGUUGUAAGAAGGAGUUUUAUUUUGUUAUAACAUAUUAUAGUUACCAUUGUCAGUGUUAUUUCAAAGAUUCUUUGGAGAAUUAGCGGAGGGAAAUUUAGAGUUUUAAAAUUUGAGUAUUUUGGAUAUCAGUGUUCCUCAUGAAGAUAUACUUGUAUAUUCAAUUUUAAUAGCUUUCAGAUUUGUAAGAUUGUAUGUUGUAUAUAGCAUUCUAUUAAGAUAAAGAAACAUGUCCACAUGUCCACUGUGCUUUCAAACCUAGAUAAAGCAUGAUAAAAAUUAUUAUUUAAAAUAUACUUGUAUUUAUACCUCAGAUAUUCUUUUGGGUUUUGUACCUCAAGGCUUUUUUUUCUAAUGUAAAUACACUUUACAUGAAUACAGUCUACGUGAAAAAAAUAAAAGAAGAGGUUUAUAACUUGCUCUAUAUCUGUACAGAAUAUGUCCCGUAAGUGCACUAUUAAAUGUUUAAAGUAAGGGAAAGGUCUGGCCUGCUUUCCUUUGUAUUGAUCUCACGCCUCCCCUCAGAGCCACAGGUUGCAAGGCAUAGCAUCCUGGCAUCCGCCAAAAUGAAAAUCAGAUUUGCUGAAGGAAAAAUUGGACUGCAAAUAAUUCCAAGGCCGAACUGCAACUGAGCCACUCACUAACAAACAGGAAACCCUGGUGAAGGUUCAGGAAGCAUGGAGAUUCUCUCCUAACAAAGGUCGUUAGGAAACGAUGCUGAGAAAGUUACGAGAAUAAGGAACUGGCAAGAGAAGGAUGCUCAGAAGCAAAGCCAAGGUCACUGUUUAAUUCCACAAAAGGUCUCUUUCCCACUGUUCAGCUUUCCUGUGGAAAGGAUUCCUUACAUAUUUGACCACAGGAGACUUCAGAGGGUGUGAAUGUUCCAGGAACUCCGUAUAAGUCGCCUAAUGUGGUAUUGCCACAACGUGCUAAUCCAUCACCUAGAUUGUAAGCUCUUUGAGGGCAGGGCUCUCCUACACAUCUUUAUAACCCCUAUAGCAGCUUUCAGCAUUUUGUACUUGUAGGCACCGAAUAAAUUUAUUAUUUGCUAAAUGGAA